CCAGUUUCCAGAACUGAUGUGAUCUCGCAGCUGGAACGAGGGGAGGAGUCAUGCGUCCCAGACCUUCAUGGCUCUAAGAAAAAAGUGCUCCCGAGAGCUGCCUGCAUAGGCAGAGACUUACGUCUGGAUUCUCUCGGUCUCCCGUCAGGUGUUGGGAUGGUGAGUGAAAACGAGGAGGAACCCCAGCAGGAAGAUGCUGAGCGAGUAGAAGCCCAUGGGAUGUUGUCAGGAAGGUCCAAAGGGAAUGAUUCUGGGAGCUGUGCACGCCCAGAAAAAACAAAAGCCUGUGAGAGUCAGCAGAGGCCAGAGGAAAACUUCGGUAGCCAGUCAGACCUUAUUACACGUGAGAGAAUGAACUUGGAAGGAACACGCUACACAUGCCUCGAGUGUGGGAAAAGCUUCAAAGGGAGCUCGGACCUUCUCACACAUCAGAGAAUCCACACGGGUGAGAAACCUUAUGGAUGCCCUGAGUGUGGGAAACACUUCAAGCAGAGCUCACACCUUAUUACACAUCGGGAACCACACGGGUGA